UAGUGGAAAAAUUGCGAUGAGUAAAGAAAGAAAACGCGAGAAAAAGCCAAAGGGCACCGGCGGCCUAUCAGGAGGGAGGGUCAAAGGUCGCGGGGUGGUUUUGGCGGGAAAUUGAGAUGCUGCGGAGGACGGCAUCAGCCGGGGAAUGAACUAUUGGAACCUUGGAUCAGUGACUCCCAUAAACAGAAAUGUCAGUUUGAGCAAAUGACAGAGAUGUGCUUGAAGCUACAAAAUGGCUCCCGUGAAGAUUAAACAUGUUGUCUCUUUCACAUCUCAGGAUCCUAAAGACCCGGUAGAUAACUUGCUGCUUGAAGAAAGCCCCCGUCCCUGGCUUAGCUGCCCCCACGACAGGAGCCGGGUGCUGAAAGCGGAGCUGCAGCUGGAACAAGCGAGCCACAUCGGCUACGUUGACAUAGGGAACUGCGGCUCUGCCUUCCUCCAGAUCGACGUGGGCCGCUCCUCGUGGACUGCAGGCCAGAAGUACCUCACCUUGCUGCCCAGUGUCACCUUGAUGAACCCAGCAGAUGCCAAGCUGGACAAGAACCGUUCCGGGGUCCGGAUGUUUAAAGAAGGGGAUUUCUUGGCUGCAGCGCUGGGGGAGAAAUGGGAUCGCGUCAGGCUAACUUGCAGCCAGCCCUUCAACAAGCACACCCAGUUCGGCCUCUCGUUUAUCCGGAUCUGCACUCCACCAGACGACAGUAGCAGCAAGGCAGACCUUCCCUCCUCACCUGCUCAGGCUUCUCCCGAGCCCACAGACAGCCCGUGGCUCUCCAGUGCAGCCAUCUGCAGAACCUUCUUCCCAGAGGCGCCAACGAGCAGCACAGAGGAAGUGGCGCUACAAACUCGACUGCAGCAGCUGGACCCGGCCUCCAGCCCCAAGACGCAGAGUCCGGCCUGCCUGAGCCGCCCAGCUAGGAUGGUGCUGCAGGCAGCCACAGUCCGCAAAAGAGCCUUUCCCUUCGUGGGCAGGCCAGGCCAGCAGGCCAAGGAGAGCCAAGAGCAAGCCCCGCCAGCUGAGGCUGCUGUGGAAGGGGCACAGAGCUGCGCAGCAUCCGGGUCUGGGCAGGAAUCGUCUGCAAGAAGAGACCAUAUGAAAGCCAAGAGGAGGAGGGCAUCGCGCUGCAGGGCUGGGAGGUCUGUCGCAGCCUCCUCCGUCGGGCCGAGGCUCAGCUUUCGACAAAAGGGAAGAAUCUGCGGUCGGAAAGGAAGGUGGCCAGAGAUGGAAAGCGACAAGGAGCUGAGUGAAGACGAAGAGGGCGGGCCAGAAAAGGCUGAUGGGGUGGGCACGUGCCCCAUCUGUGAAGGUUGUUUCCCUGCUGAUGUUUUACCAGCUCACGCCUCCAGCUGCGGAGAGGAAGAGUUUGGAGCAAGUGCCUUCUCCUCGCCAUCCUUGUGGGGGGAGCAGCCUGACCGCUGGGUCUCCUGCCCCAUCUGCCAGGGCCGGUUCUCUGCUGCUGAGGUGGAGGCGCACGCCAGUUCUUGCGGAGAGUCUCCUGCGAGCCCCCCCUCCUGGCUGUGGGGAGAGCCGGGGGAGUAGAUCCGGUGGGAGCACCACAUGGCAAGCUGGAAUGGCUCUUGCAAGACUGAGUGGGGAUGAAGAACCCCCAAGGGGAACCCAGCUCCCAUUUGGAAAGCCCUCCCGUGCGUUUCCUUUCUCGUCAGGAAAGACAGGCGCAGAGACCAGCAUGUUUAUGGAAACCUCAGCAUCUUUCUGAGUUUUGGCAUGUUUUGUUGUGAAAACUUCUCUUCAACAAAGAACUCUUGAAAGUCC